AUGACGGCUGACGAGCUCGAACCGUGGCUUGCCUCGGAUAAGAGUCAUCAAGCAGGCACCGGGGUGGGUCUCGUGAUUGGAGCUAAGAUAGUGGAUAUCCUGAAGAAGAACCCGGACAUGGACCCAGAGAAAUAUGAAGGGGUGGUCGGUUACAAUAGUCGACAUCUGGUGCAAGAGGAUCAUCUCAAGGAAACGAAAACCAAGGAAGAGCUCGCCAAUACAAAGAGCACCAUAAGGUGGAACGCCGAGUUUGAUGCAGUCUGCAAAAGUUUCAAAAAUUGGGGUCAUGAUCCGGUCGAGGCCCUCGAGGAAGGAGAGAGCGCCGUGCCAUAA